UGAACAUUUGGAUUAUGGUAUAGCUAUGAUUCUUCGUUUGGCACGAUGUUAUUUGCCCUUCAACUUUUAACAGCGCGGACCUCCAUUCUGUGUGUUAGUUAUAGGCUGGGCGUGCAAUAUAAUAUUCCAUGCUUAUUUUGUUCAGAAAACAGCUAUCCACAAAGACAAGCUCUAGUCUACAGCAUAUCUCUGUGGACAAUCGAAAAAAUAGCAACAAUCUUCCUCCUGAAUGUAAUUAAUUUCAGUAGUCAGACAGUAUACGGCAUUAAUUUGAUUAGUGAAAAAUACAAAAUAAAGCCUGUUUCUAUGGAUCUAUGGAAACAGAGAGAUGAAGAGAGAAAGAUACAGAGGGAGAGAGAGGGGAGGCAGAAUUAUUCUUCACUGUCAGCUAAUUAUUUUUGCGUCUCAUGGCAUAGAUGGAAUAUUUAUCGAUGAUUUUAUCUGGGUGUUCAUCUUGGAGAAAAUGAAAGGGAGGGUGGGGCGUUAUUGAAAGCGAAUGUACAGUAGGCUAAUGCGGACGUGAUUUAUUUGUGUUUGUGUAGUUUUAUCAUCCACAAUUAUCCUCCAACAGCACAACCUUUUACAUUCCAAAUACAUCGAUAGCUCCCCUAAAUCACGCAAGCACAGGCCAUGCAAGAGGAGCUUAUUGUUGCAAUGUUACAACAAAAAAAAAAAGGUUUCUAAAAUGCAUUUUUUAUAUAUAUUUGAAGACUGCUAAAAGGAUACAAGCAAUUUCUCCAACAAAAAGUGGUUUAGAAUCGUUCAGUCGUGCAUACUGAAUUAUGUGUGAAAUAUGUUUCUUGUAAGGUAGUCUACAUGGUCUGUUAAUUAAACGUUUUUUUGUUAGUUUUUUAAUUGAGCAAAUCUCUUGAGCCUGAAAUUUCAAAACGAGAUUCUGCCUCUGGCACACCCUCGAGAUAAUUAGCACCGUAUUCCUCCUGGUUGACUUUGGGUCCACACACAUCACGUAACCCAACCACAGUUUUCCAUAGCCUAGCAGAGAUACAAGAGAUGUACAGUGAUUUAGGGUGACAAUAUGUUAUUGGUUUGAGAUGGUUUAAACUGUCCAUCUAUCAUCUCUUUGCACUGGCUAUUUACAUUCAAAUACCAUCUCGUUUCUCCUUUUCGGAUAAUUUAUGCUAUUUUCAAAAAAGGCCUGGCUCAAUCAACUUUGUAUUUUUGGAUUAUAAUCUUUGGAUGAUAUUCUAAUUGGCGUUUGGUGCCGCAAUGUUGACUAGGCUGUUCAGUGACCCGUCGCUGCUUCCCGAUAUGCAUAAGUAUUCGGCCUGGGCAGAGGACAGCGAGAGCGAGGACUCGAAGACCAAGGAUGAUGAGGAUCACUGCCGCGUGGGCGAUGACGACAUGGAUGUCCAGGACCUGAGAAGCAGCCGGGCACAUUCUGAGAUCGGCGGUGAAGACGAGGAGGACGACGAGGCGGAUGAGGACGAAGGAGAGGACGGUGCAGAAGGGGACGGGCCCAAAAAACGGGGCCCUAAGAAGCGUAAAAUGACACCUGCGCGUAUCGAGCGCUCCAAGAUGCGUCGUCAGAAGGCGAACUCACGGGAGAGGACGCGCAUGCACGACCUGAACUCGGCGCUCGACAAUCUGCGUAAAGUGGUGCCCUGUUACUCCAAAACGCAAAAGCUCUCCAAAAUCGAGACUCUCCGUUUGGCCAAGAACUACAUCUGGGCCCUCUCUGAGAUCCUGCGCUCCGGGAAGAAGCCUGAUCUUGUGUCCUACGUGCAGACGCUGUGUAAAGGACUGUCCCAACCCACGACCAACCUGGUUGCGGGUUGUCUGCAGCUCAACUCCCGAAACUUCCUAACGGAGCAGUGUCCGGAGGGGGGACGCUAUCCCGGCUCCAACUCCUUCUCCAUGCAUCCUUACCCCUACCAGUGCUCCCGCCUCUCCAGCCCUCAGUACCAGUCUGGUUCCAACUCGCAUCCCUUACGGACACACGGGUACUGCUCAGCCUACGAUUCACUGUACGGUGGCAGUGGAUCUCCAGAAUACAACAGCCCAGACUACGAGGGGCCCAUCUCCUCUCCCGUGUGCAUCAAUGGCAACUUUUCUAUGAAGCACCAGGGCACUACGUCCCCCGAGGUAGCCGAGAAAGGCUACCAUUACUCUAUGCAUUACUCCGGCCUGGCCGGCUCUCGCCCCACUGCUGGCCACAUAUACGGUUCUUCAGCGGUGCGGAGCAGCAUCCAGUCUGAAAACGUAUCGCCUUACCACGACAUGCACCUGCACCACGAAAGGGCCCCCGUCCCCGUAUACGAUGAACUCAAUGCGUUUUUCCACAACUGAAACGGCAGUAAAAUUGCCAUGUGUGUGAGUCUUCUUGCAAUCAACAAUCAAUUAGUUGCCCACCUUUGGCAAGGCGCGUGCACGGUCACCCCCCACCCCCUCCCCUAAACCUUAGUCCCAAAGGACUAUGACACCAGACACUGACCAUUGUGGAAAAAGCGUUUUAUUUAUUGUUUUUCUAUGUCCUUUUAUAUAAUUGUAUUUAUUUUGUAUCUAUUCUGUGACGAUGGGAUGCUGUGAAAAUGUUGCAUUUGAAACGGAAUGUGUACAGAUUUGACGGUGAUUGACAUAUGGAUUAUUAUUGAAAUAGCUAGAUGAACAGAGUUAAAAUGCAACCAGAUAGUCACGUUUAUAACAUUGUAACAACCGAUGAUUCUGUAACUAAUUUGGAAAUAAUAGCCUAAUCUGAAAAUAGAUGAUUAAAUUAAGAAGCAGGCAGUGCACUUAAAAGAAAGCACGUCGCAGAGAUAGGAAGAUAUAUAUUUUUUAAUGUCGACAAUUGGCAACAGCUAUGUCAGAAAAUAAAACAUAUUUCACAUCUAUGCAAGAAAUAGCCUACGCCAAACGAGUAUACAAGGACCAAUUAUAGGCUAUAUCUAAAAUAGUGUACAUGAAAUCAUUAAUUUAAUACUUCUCAACAAUAUCGUUUCAUUGCUGCUCGGCCCCUAUUCUGACUUGCCAUAACACACACGGGGGAAAUGCUUGACGUCUCAUUUUUUGUUGCGGGACAUGGAUUCAAGUUAAAAUUGUAUGUCCUCACCAUGAUGACACAGAGAAUACAAUUUUCGAUCCCUAGAAUACCACCAAUUGAUAAGGAAAAGCAAAGGAAAAGCAAACAAUAUUUGGCAGAGUAGGCCUACUAGGCUAAAGCCAACAUUUUAAAUGAGUGAUUCGAAAGAACCAGAUAUUGGCUCAUGCUACCAGCUCCUGCUGGUCAAGUCUUUCUAAUGUAGACGAUUCGAUAGUGUUUACGUUCAUUAGAGUAGCCUACCUUUAAUGGGUUUGCAAGAUUGCACUAUAUUUUAGAUGUCAUUCAAAUGCAAUCGAAAAUAGUUUAAUGUAGGCCAAUAGCCUUGGCCUUUAUACAUCUACAAUCCUGUCAGUGAUUGAACGGAGAAUCGGAUAGGCCUACAAUAAAAUAUGUUAAACACAAUAUUUCAUGUCAUGUCACAGGAACAAAUAUGGCAAGUCAAGUAACUUUCUAAUCAAUCGAACACAUUGACUUGUUGAAUAGGCCUAUUUCCAAAAGUGUAAGGGCAAGGAUUUAGCACUCAAUUUCUAAAUAGUCGAAGUUGUAUCAGAAGGUCGAUAUAUUGCACUGAAAUAACAUUAUUGUUAUUAUUGUUAUUAUUAUUUACAAACGUUAUUAUUUAAUGCAUUAUUUUGUCUAUAAUAACUAAUAAAUGCAAUUAUUUCCACUAAGGGUCCCCAGAGUCGUCAACAUGUGUUGCAUUUUUCAUUGAAAGUGAAAGUUAAAACUUUGUAUUUAAACAAUGUGUGUGUGGUAAAAUAAAAUGAUAAUACAUUAAA